AACAAGUUGGUUUAUGUUUCAGUUGUGCACUAUCUUAGAUUUCAUCACACUUCUAAUAUGAGAUUUAUAACACAGUCAUUUAAUAUAAUGGUUGUUUAUAUUUAAAAUAUGUAGUGAUUGUUAAAAUUUUCAAAUUAUAUGGUUAUAUUGGUUAUUAUUAGAUUCUAACAAUUUUACUAAAAUUAAGUGUUAUUGGUUUGGUUACAUAUAAAAUCUACUGCUAUUCAAAAAAAAAAUUGGUGUUAUUGGCACUUGAAUUCUUUACAAUUUAACACAUAAACAAAACUUUCAAAAUAUUGUAUAGAUCCUCAAAAUUAUUAAAAUCAUUAAAAUAUAAUAGUUUCACAUACUUUUUUAAAUAUGAAAACUCUUUAAAACUUCCAAAAUUUUAACAAAUCUUUUGAUUUUUUUUUUUAAAAUCAACCAAUUCUACCUAAAUUCAAUUCCUGCUAAUAACCCCUUUCUCUAAAAUCGAAAGUAAUUUCAUUUUAGACAAGUAAUACAUUUUUUUGACAAGUAAUACAUUUGGUACUACAAAACCGUAAAAACCUUUUAAAAAAAAGACACCUGUAAAAAAAACCUUGCCCAAAAAUGAAAAAGGCAGCAGUAUUCUCUUGCUAUCGGUUACAUCUUCAUAACUCCAAAUAAAAAUCCACUGAAAAUAUUUUAUCAAAAUAAGAAAAGUUUGCGGCCAAUUGCAUGAAGUACGGCGCAAAAGAGCAGUGUCACCUUUGUGUAACAUAUGCAUGCAUGGGGAUCCACGUCCACUCUGUCGAUAUGAACUUACUUCCUCACAUCCCUCGACUCCAUUACUCAAUUAGUCAUUUGUAUUUAAGAUUAACCCUUGGUGAGAUCUCAAUAACAGUCUUCACCCUCUCUUGAUCUCAAAGCACACAUAAUUUAAGAAAAUGAUGCAGGGAAAUCUCCUGAUACUAGUGUUCUUAUUGGCUUAUUGCUUCGGCUCUGUUUGUGUGAUAAACGCAGAGGACCCUUAUCGUUUCUUCACGUGGACUGUUACUUAUGGAACAAGAUCUCCUUUAGGUGUUCCACAACAGGUUAUUCUUAUCAAUGGCCAGUUUCCUGGUCCUCCAAUUGAAGGUGUAACAAACGAUAACAUCCUUGUUAAUCUAAUUAACAAGAUCGAUGAACCUUUACUCAUCACCUGGAACGGAAUAAAACAGAGGAGGAUGUCAUGGCAAGACGGAGUUUUGGGCACAAGCUGCCCAAUCCAACCAAACUCGAAUUGGACUUACCAUUUCCAGCUUAAGGACCAAAUCGGAACUUAUACGUACUUUGCUUCUACGUCGAUGCACAGAGCAAGUGGUGCUUUUGGUGCACUCAAUGUUAACCAGAGAUCAGUCAUCUUUGUUCCUUACCAUAAACCUGAUGGUGAUUUCACUCUCCUCGUCAGUGAUUGGUACAAGAUGGGCCAUAAGGCGCUACGAAAGAGGCUCGACUCUGGUCGUGCUCUUCCUCUCCCGGAUGGUCUUCUGAUAAAUGGUGCUUCUAAAGGUUUAGCCUUUACCGGUGAACAUGGCAAAUUUUACAGGUUUCGGAUAUCUAAUGUUGGGAUAUCGACAUCGAUUAACUUUAGGAUACAAGGACACAUGAUGACUCUCGUCGAAGUAGAAGGCUCUCACACUCUGGAAGAGGUCUAUGAGUUGCUUGAUGUACAUGUUGGUCAGUCCUUGACCGUUCUGGUCACAUUGAAAGCUCCAGUGAAAGACUAUUUCAUAGUGGCUUCAACCCGGUUUACCAAACCGGUACUGACCACCACAGCUAUCCUACAUUACAAAGGUUCAAAAACCAGACCAUCUCGCCCCCUCCCCAUUGGUCCUACUUACCAUAUCCACUGGUCAAUGAAACAAGCAAGAACUAUCAGGUUAAAUUUGACGGCUAAUGCAGCAAGGCCUAACCCACAGGGAGCGUUUCACUAUGGUACCAUACCGAUAAGUCAAACUUUGGUUCUAGCUAACGCGAGAACAAAGAUCAACGGGAAACUCCGGUACACAGUGAACCGUGUGUCAUACGUUAACCCAACAACUCCAUUAAAAUUAGCCGACUGGUACAAUAUUCCUGGAGUGUUCGAUUUCAAGACCAUUAAGAACAUUCCUACACCAGGGCCAUCUAUUCUCGGAACCUCGGUUUUAGACUUUGCUCUUCAUGAAUAUGUUGAGUUCGUGUUCCAGAACAACGAGAGAUCGAUCCAGUCUUGGCACAUUGAUGGCACGAAUGCUUAUGUUGUUGGAUACGGGACAGGCACAUGGAACGUGGCCAUGAGGAAACGUUACAAUUACGUUGAUGCGGUUUCAAGGCAUACUUUUCAGGUAUAUCCAAUGUCGUGGACGAGCGUACUGGCAUCAUUGGACAACAAGGGAAUGUGGAAUGUGAGGUCACAAAUAUGGUCAAGGAGAUAUUUAGGACAAGAACUCUAUGUUCGUGUCUGGAACAACGAGAGAUCUCUCUACACUGAAGCCGAACCGCCUGUUAACGCUCUCUAUUGUGGAAAAGCCAAACGUCCCGUUUGAUUUAAAUAAAUUUAUUGUUUUU